GCCCCCGAGGAGCGCCGCGCGCUGCGGAAGGGCGCGCGGAGGCGGAAGGUGGCGAGGCGGAGCGCCGCCGCAGGAAACCUCCGAGCGGUGCCGGUGUUCGGCGGCCAUGGUGCGGCUUUACAACUUGCACCCGUUCGGGUCGCAGAGAGUAGUGCCCUGCAAGCAGGAGCCGGCGCAGUUCUGCUGCGGCCGCGACGUGCUGUUCGUGGCCAGCGCGGCGGCCAGCUGCGGGGUGGAGGUGUUCGCCGUACGCCGCGAGGGCCGCUGCGAGCCCUUGGGCUCCUUCGCCACCCUGGGCUCCGUGCUGCGCAUGGCGCACAGCCGUGCAGGUCAGGCGGGGGCGGGUGGCCUCUGCGAGCGCGGAGCCCGGAGCUGCUGCCCGGCCGGGGCGUCUCCUCUGAGAAGAGCGCUGCUCUUACAGUGGGCCCACGUCGAAGUAGCGUCGGAGCUCUGGAGCCGUGUGUUUUCCUUUAACAGAGACUAUUUGGUGACGAUUGAAGAGAAAAGCAAAGCAACUUUCCUAAGAGCUUAUGUGAACUGGCGAUGCAUGUCUGCAGGCAGUUCUCGUGUUUGUGUCCGGAUGGUGGGUCACAAGAUGGAGGAGUCGUACACCGAAACCUUAAAAGAGCAGAUGUCGAUAGUGGAAAUGGCACUUUCAGAUCCUCCGCUGUGUAUUUCAUGUUGUCCUGUAAAUGGAGAUCUUCUUGUGGGCUGCAAGAAUAAGCUAGUCAUGUUCUGUUUGAAAUACCUGGUCAUAAACCAGAAUUUGACAGUAUUAGACUUUGAACGCUCCUUAAUUUUACACAUUGAUAACUUCAUUCCUGCCGAAGUUGCAUUUUGCGCUAGGCACAUAGCGAUAACAACAGAGUUGGAUGUUCUAAUCCUGAAACUGGACCUGAUCCAGCAUAGUGCAGACAGGGGAGAGCAAUGCGCAUAUCAAGUUAGUACAACAGAAAAGCUGGUGGAUGGAGGUAUAAAAGAUGAAGACCUUGCAGCUCAUAGUUUGCAGCUUGAAUUAGAUGAGUUUGUCAUAUGUCAGAAGCCAGUGGAACUGCUUGGGGAAGAAAGUAAGCUUUGUAAGAUACCCAUCACACUUGAGUCCACAGAGUUGUCUACAGAAGACAAAAAGCACUUUCAAGUGCAGUAUCUCCUUUUCAGGCAUUUUACACCAGACCAGUCCCCUUUUGGCUUUUGUGAAGAGACGAAGCUGCACUCUGUUCAGUUCCUCCCUGUUUACCAGACAGGGAGUUCUAUGACAGCAAAUGAGGAAACUGAGAAGAGAGAACUACUGAGUCUCUUCUGCUUUUUUUCUUUGCCUCAUGUUGGAUAUCUCUACUCUGUUGGGAAGUUAGUAGAACUGAUUUCUACGUACCAGUACUCGGAGAGGUCGGAGCAGGCAGUUCUUACUCCACAGUUCCUGCAUGUCAUUACAAGUGAGAGCCUGCAGUGUUACACAGUGCGGUGCAGUGCAGCAGCAGCUCGCGAUGAAGAUCCAUACAUUGAUACAACUGUGAAGGCUUGUCCACCAGUCACAUUGGAUGUCUGCACGUUACGAAUGCAGCUUUUUAUAGGGCCAAGAGCUAUCUGUCAUUACAAAAACCAUAUAGUUCUUCUGACUAAGGCUGAUACUGAAGAUAUUACUGAAAGACGAAAGCCUUCAAGAAGGAUGCUUUCCAGAAAGGCUGAUAACAACAGAUCCAGAACCAUUUCUGAGUUGGAGCCUGGCUGGAAUUUGUAUAUUAUAAACACUGUUUCAACCAUCCAACUUUACAGAGAAAUGGUAGAUUAUAGUAGAACUUAUGAAAAUGUAAGAACUGAGAGUUGCAUCCAUCUCCUAAGCGAGGCUCACUUACUAGUCAGAGCAGCAAUAAUGGACCCUAGUUUCUUUAAAUCAGAUGACAAAGAAGAACUUCUGAGAGCAUUCAGAGAAAGUUGUGCCUUCUUAGGAGACUGCUACAGCAGGUUUGACACAAGGGAUUACCACCUGGCUUUGCCAUACUACCGAAUGUCAGGUUUGUCUGUGGCUGAAGUUUUGGAGCGGAUAGCUUCAGAAAGUGAUGAAAUACAGACCUAUGAAAGAGGAUUGAUAUUUUAUUUAACUCACUCUCUUAAUGAAGAGUUAAAUGAAGAAUUAAGCAAGGAAUUGGCAGAUAAAGUUCUCCGAAUAUUCUAUCUUGCUGACCCUAUGCAGCUGCCUCAUAUCAUCUGCAGUCCCUGCAUGAAGAAUGUAUGUCCUCUGACAGCUGUAAAGUAUCUUUGUAAAGUAGAAGACAUUAUGCCAUCAGUGGUCCUUACACUUACUAAGGCUUUCAUGGCUCUGAAAAUGGGAGACCUUACGAUGUACGAACGUGAGAUGAACUCCCACAAGGAGACAAUGCUGGCCUGUGGCUUCAUUGGGCAACCAAAACUCCUGAGAGAGUGUAACGAAGGAAUUGUUAUUCCAACUGAAUUUGCUGUUCACCUGAAGGUGAUGCAACCUGGAUUACUGGUGGCUGCCACUGUGGCUUUACAUGAGAACAGUAAAAUCGAACUGGAAGAAGCAGAUAUGUUUUUCAAGAUGUUAUGUAAUAAUGGUGAAGACAUGGUUCCUCAACUUUUGGUAGAUUUCUGGGAAGCUCUUCUUGUAGCAUGCUCUCAGGAAGAAGUACUUCAGGAGCUCUUAUUGAGGGUUACUUAUCAGUAUGUUUGGAGGAUAUCAAAGAAGCAACUCCCUGAGACUAAACCACUGAAAACAACAGAGGAUCUGAUAAACUCCUGUGAUCAUUUUGGAUCCAUUUUCCCAUGGGUUACUUUCAUAAUGUCAAUGGAAUCUCCACUUGAUAAAGAUUGUCCUGAAGAUAUUUCAAAGCUACAGUCCAUUUUAUGUGGUCAGUCAAUAGAUAUAACUGCAGCUCUGCCUAUCCUGGAGCCUCUGGCAGAGGCUGGCAAUGUUGGCCUCACCGUUCGUGUUCUCUGCAGUACCCGUCUGGGCAAGCACGAGGAGUCCAUUGACCAGCUCCUCAGACAGUGUCCUGCUGCUGCUGUGUUAUAUGCUCAGCAUGAGCUGAAAGAUGACAGUCGGGCUGUAUUGUGGAACAAGCUGCUCCCAGAACUUUGUGAGAGAACCAGACUUAUCAGAAGUGACUGUCCUGUUCUUAUUUCAUCACUAAAAGAAAUCCUAUCGGUAGUUGCAAUGGAACUGGAACUAUGGGAUUUCCUUAGUCUUCUACCAGAAGAUGGAACUGCAGCAUUUUUCCUGCCACAUCUUCUUCACUGUAGCCAAAGGAAACAACUGAUGUAGACACAAUGAAAGUAAGCCUAUGCGUUUACAUACCAGGAAUGUGCUGGAAUAAAAAAAGAACGUGAAGGAGUAGUAUGUAAGAAACAGCUCUGUGCAUCCGCCUACACAAAAAUCACCUUCUUUUUGAGUUAAAACCUUAAGGCAAUAAUUGAAUGACAGCUGUUAUUUGUGGGAGAGCAUUGCUUUUGAAGCUAAUAGUAUUAUACUUUGUAAAGGUUGGCAAACUAGAAAAGUUCCUGAACUGAGUAAAUGUUGGCCAAUUUAAAAAUAAGCUAUUCAGAGGUGACUCUUAAAGGCCAAAACAUCUUAAAAAAAAAUAAACACAAAA